AUGCAACAGCCAAUCCAGUCGGGACAGGUGAUUGUCAAUCUUUGCUCUGUGGCCAAGGAACUGGUCGAGAACAGCAUUGAUGCCGGAGCGACGAGCAUAGAGGUUCGGUUUAAGAACCAAGGCCUCGACUCGGUCGAGGUGCAGGACAAUGGCUAUGGGAUCUCGACGCAGAACUACGAGGGCCUCGCGCUGAAGCACUACACGUCCAAGCUGUCCAAGUAUGACGACCUGGACACGUUGCAGACGUUUGGCUUCCGCGGCGAGGCGUUGUCGUCGCUCUGCGCGCUGUCCCACUUUAGCGUGGUGACCUGUCUGGCGGCCGACGUGCCCAAGGGCACGCGGCUGGACUUUGAGACGUCGGGCCGGCUCAAGGGCACCAGCGUGGUGGCGGCGCAGAAGGGGACGACGGUGACGGUGGAGAAGCUGUUUUUCAACCUGCCGGUGCGACGGCGCGAGCUCGAGCGCAACGUCAAGCGAGAAUGGGGUAAGGUGGUCAGCCUGCUGAACCAGUACGCCUGCAUCCAGACAGGCGUCAAGUUCACCGUGUCACAGCAGCCCAGCAAGGGCAAGCGGGUGGUGCUCUUCUCGACCAAGGGCAACGCGACGACGCGCGACAAUCUGAUCAACAUCUUUGGCGCCAAGACGAUGACGUCGCUGAUCCAGCUCGGCCUGACCAUGGAGCUGGAGCUCACGCGCGAUGCGCGGGCCAAAUGGACGUCUCCGGUCGCAGACGGUGGUGGUGGCGGCGGCAGCAUCCAGGAGAUCCGGGUCGAGGGCUACGUGUCCCGGCCUGCUCACGGACAGGGCCGACAGACACCAGACAGGCAGAUGUUCUUUGUCAACGGACGGCCCUGCAAACUGCCGCAGUUUGCGCAGCUCUUCGGCGAGGUGUACCGGACAUACAACACGUCGCAGGCGCCCUUUAUCUUUGCCGACAUCCAGCUGGACACCCAUCUCUACGACGUCAACGUCAGCCCGGACAAGCAGACGAUUCUGCUGCACGACCAGGGGAAGAUGUUGGACAAUCUGCGCGAGUCGUUGAUCGAGCUGUUUGAGAAGCAGGAAAUCACCAUGCCCACGUCGCAGUUGUCGUCGCAGAAGAUCACGGCCUUUCGGAAGCCGGCCGCCAGUCAAGCGAGCAGCCCGUCGAGUGCGCUGGCCGAGAAAUCUGAUCGCGCUGCUGUUGGCGAGCAAGAGACGCAGCCCAAGGCGAAGUUGUCCAGGACAACCCAGUCACCUUCAUCGCCGCCCAGAUCGGGCCAUGCUUCCGAUGACGAGGAGAUUGUGUAUCAGCUCGGUCCACGGAAGCGAGGCCCUCCUAGCUUUGCCAGAGUUACUAUUGGCAACACGACUGUGUCAACUAGUGUGCUUUCGAGCUCGAAGCGGCUAAAAGUAGGCAGCAGCGACGGUGCGCGAAGACCAAUGUCGACGGAGACGCAGUGCAAAACGAGGACAAGGAAAGCACUGCCUUCGUUUGGCGGCACUCUGACACAGAUGUUCUCAUCUUUGGAAGAAGAUAUGGGUGCUGCUCUAGAGGACGAAGCUGGGCAGAUGGAAGGCGUGGAGCCAGAUGAAAUGUCUCAGUCUGGGUCUGACAGGCAAGAAAAAUCGAGUGAGGCUGUACCAAUUGGGGACGACGAGGACGAGCAGGAGGGUCCCGAAGACGGCCAAGACCAGGAAGUCGACACACGUCGAGCAGAAGGUCCAGAGACGGAAGAGGACAGACGCAGCCAGCUGUUCCUGAAGAGCGGCGGGUCGAAGAAGCGGUACGAGACGCUGCGGCUGGUGCAGACGGUGCGAGCCAGCGAGGCAGCGAUAGAGAAGAUGGCGACAUCGAGACAGCGAUGGCGGCUUCCGGGCGGCAGCCGAGAAGAGGUUGAGGGUGCGGGUGCAGCUGGCGACAACGACGGCGACGACGACAGGCUAGACGAAGGCAACGCCACGGCAGCCGAGGAGAAGCUGGCGCUGACGAUUGCCAAGAGCGACUUUGGGCAGAUGCGAGUAGUCGGGCAGUUCAACCUGGGCUUUAUCCUGGCGGUGAGGAGAGGAGGAAGAGAAGAGGAAGAAGGGAGGUCGAGGCGGCUGGACGACGACGAGCUCUUCAUCAUCGACCAGCACGCGUCUGACGAAAAGUACAACUUUGAGCGGCUGCGGGCGACGACGACGCUGCAGUCACAGCGCCUGGUGCAGCCCAAGCGUCUGUCCCUGACGGCCGUCGAGGAGGAGGUCGUGUUCGAGAGCCGCGCCGUCCUGGCUGCCAACGGCUUUGUCGUCGAUGUGGUCGUCGACGGCAGCGAACCGGUCGGCGCCCGCUGUCGCCUGCUGACGCUGCCGCUCAGCCGCGAGACCACCUUUGACCUCGGCGAUCUGGAGGAGCUGAUCGCCCUGCUGGCAGAACAUCCAGGCGCUGCUUAUGCCGACAACCUCGACUGCCUCGACCUCUCGCUCUCGCUCUCGUCCACGCCCAUCCCUCGUCCCGCCAAGGUCCGCCGCAUGCUCGCCAUGCGCGCCUGUCGCAGCAGCAUCAUGGUCGGCCGUGCUCUCUCCCAUCGCCAGAUGGCGGCUGUCCUCGCUCACAUGGGCCACAUGGACAAGCCCUGGAACUGCCCCCACGGCCGUCCGACCAUGCGCCAUCUCGGCAGCCUCGGCCGGGUCUGGGACGGCGGUCGGGGCUGGCACGAAGACGACGUCGUUCAGGCACGGCCUCGACCCGAUUGGCCUGCCUUUUUGAAGAAGAGAAAGGGAAUGCGCUGA